AUGUCGGCGGCGGACGGUGGUGCUGCGGCACUGCUUGUUGCCGGCCUCAGUACCGGCAAUGAGGUGAUGUACGAGGACGAUCUCACCGACAACACCAUCCCCGAUAUACAG